GGACACUUGUUCGCUAUUUUGCAGACCCUCAUUGUGCUGUAGUCUAUUAUUUUAUAAACAUUUAUACAUUUCUAAGCAAACUGUAGGCCUAGUAUAUUGGCUAAUAUAUUCUGUAACAAGUUAUGCAGUUCAAUAUGCUUGUAGCUGCCUAUUUUACUGCUACAAAGGCACACAUUUAGACUUUCAGAAUUAAAAUUUGAAUUUUCACAGUUCAGUUUGUCAUAAGCAUCCUGAAGUGGCUGUAGAUUGUCAGAUGAAAGUCAUCCAGCACUCUGUGGAGACCCUACAAACUGCUUUGGUCUCCAAUCAUAACAACUUGUCCAAACUUUACAGCAAGUACACAAAAGAAGAAAGGCAACUUCUGGAGGGAGGAUUCCACCCAGGGCAGCCCGGUUCUCUUUUCCAAACCAUCACAGUCCACUCUGACUCAGACUGGAUCUCCGCGCACCCUGAGGAGCCUCAAGACUUUGAGAGCUUCUACAGAAACCCUUACCGCAAGACCCCCAGUGCAAGUCACGAUACUAUAUAUAUUCAGACUAUAGGUUCCUUUGGGGAGGCAAGGGCUCAGACAGAACAGUAUGUGGAGUGGCUCAGAGAGUACUGCCAGGCCUUCUUCUAUGGGCUUUCUGUUAAGUUACUACCGGCUGUUACUGUAGCUGAAACAAGAUGCUCUUUCAGGGUUAACAGUAACUCCCACAACCUUCAGAUCCUCACCGGUGACCUGCUACGAUUCCUGCAGAAUAGGAUACCAAAAGAUGCUUUUUGUAUUGUUGGAAUCACAAUGAUUGACCUCUACCCCAAAGACUCCUGGAACUUUGUCUUUGGACAGGCUUCUCUCAGCAUGGGAAUGGGUGUUUUCAGCUUUGCUCGGUACGAUGACAACUUCUACAGCAGAAGUUAUGCUGGCAGGCUGAAGAAAUCGCUUAAGCCAAAACAGGGGGACUAUUCUGUGUUUGACGGAUACUACACACCCCCCAUCACCAGCACUCUACUGCUUCGAUCCUGCAAGACAAUGACCCAUGAGAUUGGCCACAUGUUUGGAAUUAAGCAUUGCCAGUGGUUGAGCUGUGUCAUGCAGGGCUCCAACCACCUGGAGGAGUCUGAUCGGCGGCCCCUGGAUUUCUGCCCUGUCUGCCUUCGAAAGCUACAAGUCGCUGUCGGCUUUAAAAUAGCUGAAAGAUACGAGGCUUUACUGCACUGGAUGGAGGAGGAUCAGAGUCAGACAUCCAGACCAGAGGAGGCCUCUGCGCUGCCCUUUCCGAAACCCACUGAAGCUUUUCUUACAUCCAGACUGUGGCUCCGCAGGUGCCUGGACAUUCUGAGAAAAAAAGAUGAACUGUAGUACUUGCCUAUAAUUCUAAAUAAGAUCAGGAAGUGAGUGCAACAGCUUCAACCUAUUCAUGUAUUAAAAAAACAUUACAUCUGUUUAGAGGUUCAAAUCACUCUGUCGCUUUAUUGCGAUUGAACACAUUUUCAUUACAAAAAUAGUUUGAGUCUGACAUCUCAUAUCACAUUAACAGCUUAAAGUUUGAUUAAAAAUAAAGACUUUUAAUCAUGU